AUGGAGCAAGAAAACGCGGAAGAGCGCUUGAUUAACGAAGAAUACAAAAUAUGGAAAAAGAACACUCCGUUUCUCUAUGAUCUGGUGCUGACAAAGGCACUAGAAUGGCCUUCUUUGACAGUGGAAUGGCUUCCAGAGCGUCGGCUCGCUGAAGGGCACUCCAGCGUCCUCGCGAACCUGUUGCUUGGCACCCACACCUCCGAUGCUGAGCAGAACUAUCUCAUGGUAGCAGAAGUCAGGCUUCCGUACUAUGAGGGUGCGUCCGAGAACGCGCCGGCUCCGGGUGCUCCUGGAGCAGGAGCCGGAAAGGAGGCAGAGGCUAGCGGCUGCGAAGACACCCUGCUCAGCCGAAUCGAAAUUCGACAGAAGAUCAACCACGAUGGAGAAGUCAAUCGCGCUCGCUACUGGCCGAAGAAUCCCUUCAUAGUGGCGACCAAGUCACCAUCGAGCGCCGUGUACUUGUAUGACCUUUCAAAGCAUCCGAGUAAGCCGCCUACCGACAGCCGCAUUGAAGCGCAGGCGAUUCUAACUGGUCAUCAGCGGGAGGGUUUCGGCCUUGCUUGGUCGCCCGACGAUCGAGGGAACCUCUUGUCAUGCGCCGAUGAUAUGCUCAUUUGCCAGUAUGACGUUCGGGCCGUCCUGGCUGGUGAGGUCGCCUCCGGCAAUGGCACCGCUCCGACGCGAUCGUCAUCCGAACGUGUGUCAAACUGGGGUGGUCCGCCUCAGUACGGCCCGCUGAGAGUCUACACUGGCCACAAGGCCGUUGUGGAAGAUGUAGCCUGGUGCAUGCACAACGCCCAUAUGUUCGUGUCUGCCGGUGACGACCGCCAGAUCAUGCUCUGGGAUACGCGAGAGACGAGUUCGAGUCGAGCAGCUGCGACCUUUGAGGCCCACAAGGCUGAAGUCAAUUGUGUCGCUUUCAGUCCUUUCAACGCAAAUUUGCUCGCUUCGGGAUCCAGCGACUCUACGGUAGCUUUAUGGGACAUUCGAUAUCUGAAAAUGAAAAUACACUCAUUUGAAGCGCAUUCAGAUGCUGUUCAACAGCUUGUGUGGUCACCGACUGAGGAAACGAUUCUAGCCUCUGCAGCUGCGGACCGUAGGCUCAUGAUAUGGGAUCUUAGUCGAAUCGGACAGGAGCAGUCCCCUGAAGACGCCGAAGAUGGACCACCCGAGCUUUUAUUUGUCCAUGGUGGACAUACUGCAAAGAUAAGCGAUUUCGGUUGGAGCCAGAAUGAUCCGUGGCUCAUCGCAUCUGUUGCAGAAGAUAACAUAUUGCAAGUUUGGCAAGUUGGUGAACAUAUCUACGCAGACGAGGACGAGGAGGACGAAGACGGCGCUGAAAUCGAGUCUGAAAGCGAUCCGGUGGGUGCACGUGACACUCCUGCUCAUGGAGCCGAACGCUCGGAUCUUGCUCCUGACGAUGACGUGGACGCUGCGUUGUUGGAAUGA